AUGCGCGGCAGAAAGGAGAAAGCUAAAGCUAGCAGCAGGUCGCACAAGACACGCAGCGCCUUUUGGACCUUCGCUUCCCUGCUCCAAGAAACGGCGAACGCAAUGCGAGACUUCUCCUGCUUCGGCGACGGCGCCGUCACCCUCGCCGGCGGGGCCGCGGCCGGCGGAGGAGGCGCCGCGUUCGACCGCUCGCUCCAGGCGGCCACGGCCAGCGUCUACAGGGUCGCGCUGUCGUCGCGCAAGGAGCUCCGAAUCAAGGUCACGUGGACGCGGGGAGUGGCCGGCGCGGGGACGCCCGUGGCGAUGGGGCUCGCCGUUGCCAUCGACGACGGAUCCCGGGCGUUGCCGCUGGUCGGCACGACGCGGCGGACGAGCGCGGCGCUGAUGCCGGCGACCGCGCAGCACUUCCUGCAGAGGAAGCGAGGGACCCGGUCCUUCGUCACCGAGGCCGGCAUGGCCGUAUCCAUCUACUGGGACACGGCGGACGCCAAGUACCAUACCUCCUCCCCGGAGCCCUCCCGCGACUACUACCUCGCCGUCGUCCGCACGCCGUUCCCUUCUUCCCCGGCCGCCGCCACCGCGCAGCUGGUCCACACGACGCGGUGCAGGUUCCGGGACGACGGGGCGGAGCACGAGGUGACGGUGGCGUGCCGCGGGGAGGAGUGGGGGUCCAGGGACGGCGAGGUGACGGUCAGCGUCGACGGCAAGAAGGUGGUGGAGGCGCGGCGAGUGAAGUGGAACUUCCGCGGGAACCGGACGGCGGUGCUCGGGGACGGCGCGGUGGUGGAGGUGAUGUGGGAUGUGCACGACUGGUGGUUCGCCGGCGUCUCCGGCGGCGGGGCACAGUUCAUGGUGAAGGCGCGCGGGGCGGCGGACGGCGGGCGGGUGUGGAUGGACGAGGAGAUGGCCAAGAAGGGGCAGCCCCCUGGCGGGUUCUUCCUGCACCUACAGUGCUACCGGCGGUGA